AUGAAGUACACCACCACCACCAUCGCCGCCGUCAUGAUGGCCCUCGCAUCCGCAAAGGACUGCAACCUCCCCAGCAUCGCUGAAGCUGCUAAAACCGGAGACAUCUUCAAGCUCGUGGCGCUCCCCAAGGUCUCGAACGAAAUCGAGUGCGGCGCAUUCCAAGCCAAAUCUGGCAACCUACUCAUCAACGCGGAAUCACAGGGCGCAAACUGCACCACGCGCUUGCCAAGAGACCACGCCUCUUUCAUCCUCAACGGCGUAGGCAAUCUCUUCCUCUACACCGGCGACACGCCCGACAACUUCGCAUUGCAGCAAAUCUUCGUCGACCGCUCCGGCAUGGGCCAAGGCCAGAUACAAUACACGACUGGUAUCGAGUCGACUAUUGGCCCGAAGCAGGAGCGCGGUCCCUUCAGGAUUACCCCAAGCAGCGAUCUUGUCUUUUACGACCGCAAUGGCAAGGAGACGGCGUUCCAGGCUUGCCCCCUUGCUAACAGCUUGGACGGUUGGAAAGUUUGGCUCGACGGCUCCGACAAACCUGCUGGUAGCGAGGGAUGUGUUGGUCUGAAUGCUAGGGCUGUUAAGGAGGAGAACCCGGAGGCUUGCGAGUACUCUGCUUAA